GUCUCAGUCCUCAGAGCUUUUACAACAUGGACCAUGAACAUCAGGAAUGAGACUGACCGUGAUCAACACCAUGUCUUUCUGAUGUCAUUAGAAGCCAACAUGAAACAUGGCUCUCCUGAGAAAAAUUAACCGGAUCCUCCUGGUGCUGCUGGUGCUGAUGGUGUGUCUCCUCCUGCACAGUACACUGCUCAGAGCCUCCACUCGGCCCAAACUCUCAGAUCACUGGAAGAGUCUCGGAGGUGCACGAGUUCCCGCAGUGAGAGGGUCAGAGGUGGAUAAUGUCAUCCCCAUCAUCAUAUGUGCAUCGGAGGAGCGUAUCGGUGCAUCCAUGGCAACCAUUAACAGCAUCUACAGUAACACAGACGCCAGCGUGUUCUUCUAUAUCGUCACUCUUCGUGAUGCAGUGAAGAUGACGAGGCAGUACAUAAUGAGGACUAAAUUGAAGGGGAUCAAAUAUAAGAUAUUGGAGUUUAACCCCAUGGUUCUAAAAGGAAAGGUGAAGCCAGAUUCCUCUCGACCUGAUCUUUUACAUCCACUCAACUUUGUGCGCUUUUACUUACCGCUGCUUGACAUCAACCAUAAGAGGGUGAUAUACUUAGACGAUGAUGUCAUUGUACAAGGCGACAUCAAGGACCUGUUUAAUAUCAAACUGAAGCCGGGUCACGCUGCUGCUUUCUCCACUGAUUGCGACCUCCCCUCCACACAUGAGAUGGUGCGCAGCAUUGGCAUGCAGACAACCUACAUGGGCUUUCUGGACUACAGGAAAAAGGAAGUUAAAGACCUGGGCAUCAACCCCAGAGAAUGCUCCUUCAACCCUGGAGUGUUUGUGGCAGAUAUCAGUGAAUGGAAGAAACAGAAGAUCACCAAACAGCUGGAGAGAUGGAUGGAGGUGAACUUCAGGGAGAACAUAUACAGCAGUGCCAUGGCAGGAGGCGUGGCGACUCCACCCAUGUUAAUAGUGUUUUAUGACAAAUACACAACACUGGACCCACUGUGGCACGUCAGACACCUGGGCUGGAGUCCGGACGCCCGCUACUCAGAAAGCUACCUACAAGAGGCGCACCUGCUGCACUGGAAUGGCCCAUUUAAACCAUGGAAUUACCCUGCUGUUCACAUCGAUCUGUGGGAGAGGUGGUUUAUCCCAGACCCCUCCAAAAGGUUCGCCAUUGUACGACCUGAGAGCGACACAUGAAGUUUGUGGAAUACACCAUGUCUGAGCCGCAGUCGGACAUGAAGCGUGGGAAAUUCAGGACAUGUUUGAACAACUGUUUAAAGGAAACCAACAGCUAAUGUUAUACUGAGGAAUGUCCCAGAAACUUAAUCGCUGUUGGACGAACAUGUGCGAGAAACGGUGUUGGCAGGGUGGGCAAAUCAUGUAUUUAUGCAAAAUACACAAAAUGUGACUAAUCUGUUCACUAUAGCAGGUGACAGACUGCUGUAAAGAUAUCAGAAUAUUACUUGUAGGACCAAUGUGAAAGUGAGAAACUCAUACCUUGGACAAAAUUUGUGUUUUUGUAUAGUGUUCAGCAAGAGAAAAUGUUUCUAAAAUAUAUCUACAAUAUACGACUAUGGUUAUAUUACUGUUAGGUACUGUAAUGAUCAACUGUAAAAACUAAAAUAAAGUUAAUAGUAAAGUAAAAAUGAAGAAUGUAAUAAUUUCAUCCCUAGAAGUUGUUGGACCAAGAAUUAUCCUCAAGAUCGCUGGUUUAUGAUCAAAUAGACUGCCCCAGUAAAGAACGCCCAAA